AUGCCACCGAACCGCCCGUCUGCUGAAGAGUAUCCGGUGGAUAUUGUGGAUUUACAGGAUGAUUUUCAGCCGAUGAAAACGUUGGAAAUGGUUCUGGACGAAGAGAAUCAUAUGCAUCGGUAUUGGAUCUAUUUGAAGUGUAUGAAGUGGCAAAUCGAGUUGCGUGCCAACUCACUCGAGUGCUUCGCCGCCUACUUCAAAGCGCCCGCCACGUGGUCAGCUGAAAUCGAAUUCGAGCUCCGAACCCACAUCACGAACUCAGUGAGAUCCGAGAAGUUUGUCGCUCGUUUCACUGGAAACAAUCAUAUUUAUUUCCGUGCUCUGAAACUCCAGGAGCAUAUUUCAAGAGAGAAUAUCAAGGCGUUGAAAGUGGAGUUGGUGAUGAAUCUGGUGCGAGUUCACAACUUUGGAAUGGUCUAUGAAUAUUUCGAUAUGAUGCCAGAUGGAGAGAGCACUCUUUUGAAAGUGGAAGAUAGACUGAUUCGAGUGAAUAAGAGAUAUCUGUCGAUGAUGUCUCCAUUCUUCAAAGCUCUCUUCUAUGGAGAACUCGGUCAAGAUCUCGAGAUUCAUGAAUUGAAGGAGAAGUUCAGAGAGAUGAUUUGCUUCAUUCGAUGUCUUUAUCCACAUCGACAACCUGUGACGAAAAAAUCGUUGGAUUUCCUUCUCCAAAUGGCGGAUCGUUAUCAGUGUCAACCGAUGGUCGAUGCAUGUGAGAUGUUCAUGUGUGCCCAUUAUCAUGAGUAUCAAAAGAAGACGGAGAAAUGCUUCUCGUAUGUCGAAAAGUUCAAGAUGCAGAGACUUUUGCGCAUCAUCGUGGAAUACGUGGCCGUCACCCAAACAACACAACAAUUCCGUGCACAAACGUACUGGCGUGAUCUCUCCGAGAAGACUCAACUCGCCGUGCUUGAAUUCAUGGCAAAAAAUGCGACUCGUCGUGGCAAAGAGUUGGAACGUCGUCGUGGAGUGAAUGCUCAUCGUGCGAAUAUCGAUCCGAUCGAUGAUCAGGGACCACCGAAUGGACGACUUAUCGGGAUUGCUGACCCGGUUCGGAAUGCUGAUCCACGACCACCACCACCUAGAUACAUCAGACAGUGGGGAGCAGUUAGACAUGUAGUUUAUGAGUAA